AUGCUCGAAUACGGACAUACGACUCACUUUGGUCAUCUCACACCCGAAAGAGCGGCCCUAUCGUCAGGCGGAUCACGAUCAGUCCCCAUACGGAAUGCCCUGCUCUUUGCCCCGUCCAAGCUUUCAUCACACUUUGCGAUCAUUCUCUGGCUCGCACGGCGCGACCCUCUCAAGUUCUCUUCGUCGACAGCACCCGGCCACAAGUACCUGUUCAGAUCCAAACAAUCCGCAACUGGCUCCGCAAUUUUGUACGACUUUCAACUGACAUCCGCCCGACACCUUCCGUUCGCUCUCUUCCUCCGCAGUACUCAACGAUCAUUAUCGACGAACAAGACUGACACAGACAAAUGUCACAAGUGCAAUCGUCGAGACGCCUCCAACGUCGGAAUCGACGGUCUUUCGGGAUUGGCGGGAGAUUUAUCGACCGUCAAUUCCCACUCUAGACUAGAGAAGAAGACCUGAAGUAGAUAUGCUCCCACCCUCCUCUACCCUCUUUCUUUUUUCCAGUCGCUUAGAAGAUCAACGUGAUACAGAUAGACCAUCAUCCUCCUUUUAUUUCUUUUUCUCAGACAUUACGCUCAAUAAACACCGAACUAGAAGAUCACAGCAUAUCUACUUUAGGUCUUCAUCUCUAGUCUAGAGUAGGAAAUGGUAAUGCAACGACAUAACUAGGGUCAUUGCUAGGAAACCUUUCAUAGAUAUGACAAUGGUGUAAUCUGCAUGCUCUCUGUCUUUUCCUCAAUGAACAUACAAUGUAGUUUGCCAUGAACAUCCACUGGGCCCUCAAAUAUUGC